AAUUAACUAGGCAACAUCCCGGGCGGAGGAGAAAAAACCACUUCUUCAGGAAACACACAGUUACAACUGAAUUUUGUCUUAGCCUUUUGUACCAUCCAAAAUCUUUCCAUCCCCUACUAUGUCAAAAUUCGGUGUUUUGGUUAUGGGCCCAGCGGGCGCCGGCAAGACGACCUUUUGCACCGCGCUCAUACAACACCUUCAAAACACGCGACGCAGUUGCUUCUACGUAAAUCUCGACCCCGCCGCUGAAUCUUUUGCCUAUGAACCGGAUUUGGACAUUCGAGAGCUUAUUACUCUGGAAGAUGUGAUGGAAGAAUUGGGUCUUGGCCCAAACGGCGGUUUGAUGUACUGUUUUGAAUUCCUCCUUCAGAACCUCGAUUUUCUCAACGAAGCGCUGGAUCCAUUGAGCGAAGAAUAUUUAAUUAUAUUUGACAUGCCAGGUCAAAUAGAGUUAUACACUCAUGUGCCGUUACUGCCGUCGCUGAUACAAUAUCUUUCCCGUGCUGGCCCGUUGAAUAUUUCGCUUUGCGCUGCAUACCUCAUGGAAAGCAUAUUUGUGGUGGAUCGCGCAAAAUUCUUUGCUGGCACCCUGAGUGCCAUGUCUGCCAUGAUUUUACUAGAGAUACCGCACGUCAAUAUCUUAAGCAAGAUGGACCAGGUCAAAGGGUUGGUGGGAAAGCGGGAACUGAAGAGAUUUAUGUCCGUCGACGUUGAGCUGCUGAAUGAUGAAAAGAAUGAUGGAGAAACACCCUGUGAUCCCUCAUCUACCGGCGAAUUACUAAGCGGCAGCUCCUUCAAACGGCUAAACCGUGCUGUCGGUCAACUUAUUGACGACUUCAGCAUGGUAUCGUUCUUGAAGCUAAACGUGCAGGAUGAGGAUAGCAUUGCGGGAGUGCUAAGCUACAUUGAUGACGCCAUUCAGUUCCAUGAGGCACAAGAGCCGAGAGAGCCGGCAGACGAGCAAGAAUAUGACCUGGAAUGAGGCAGCUUCUGCGUUAUUGAAUACU